AUGCUGUUUUUAUAUUGCUUGUUCUUCCUCUCUUUUGGGCCAGUAUUCUUCCGCUGGAACAUAUCACCUUCGUCACCUAUCGUUGGCCCGAUGCAUGAACGACACUGCAGGGCAGGCUCGAGCGUACAACUCCCUCGCAACCGUAUACUCAAAUUUAAGGGAAUACGCAAAAGCUGCUUAUUUCCUUGCAUGCAAUCGCGCUUUGGCCGCUGA